ACAUUUUACAUCAUUUUUGCUUUCUCUCCAGCUCCAGUGGAACUAGUUUUGUAAAAUUUUAUCGAACUUUUCUUAAAAAUACGUUUAAUAGCUUUAAAGAUCUCACUGCAAACAAAAAAAUCAUUCCGAUAUCGAAAUAUAAGUGAUGAUGAUUGGUACUCCUUCGAAUAAACUUUGAGCUGUAGAAAAGAAUCUGUAAUACUGAUAACUAAUACGAGUCAUUUCCUCAAUUCUGUGCAUCAUAGCCAGGAAAUAUAAAGCCAUUUCAUUAUGGCCAGUCCUCGAACUAGACGAGUGCUGAGUGAUUUAAAGCCCAAUAAUGAUAAUACUAAAUGUUUCGAAUGUGGAACCCACAACCCGCAGUGGGUGUCGGUAACAUACGGAAUUUGGAUUUGCCUAGAAUGCUCCGGUAAGCAUCGUGGACUAGGUGUACAUCUUUCAUUCGUGCGUUCAGUAUCAAUGGAUAAAUGGAAGGACAUUGAACUCGAAAAAAUGAAAGUCGGUGGAAAUAAAAAUGCUCGAGUUUUCUUCGACAAUCAAGAUGAUUGGGAUGAUACACUGCCCAUCCAGAAAAAGUACAAUACACGUGCAGCAGCUUUGUAUCGGGAUAAAAUAUCUACCCUUGCUCAGGGAAAAAGUUGGGACCAAGCAUCUGCUUUGGAGCGAACAAAAGACGGUUUUUCGACUUCUCACUUAAACAGCAGCAGUGGUUUAACGCACUCGAGAAGCAGCGGAUCUGUUCAAUCAGCUGGUUAUUCUGCUACUUCUGGAGGUUACCAGAACGGAGGAGGUUAUCAGGAUAUGGGCUAUCAGCAGUUCAAUACGGCGGAGUUCAAAUCUCAGAAGGAAGAAUUUUUCAGUCGCAAACAAGAGGAAAAUGCUUCUCGACCAGAUCACUUACCUCCCAAUCAAGGAGGUAAAUACGCCGGCUUCGGCUACUCUAGAGACCCUCCGCCGCGAAGUCAAUCGCAUGAGUUGUUCGAUUCGGUGCAGUCAUCGUUGGCAAGUGGAUGGAACGUUUUCUCUAAGGUGGCUAAUGUUGCCAAGGAGAAUGCUUUAAAGUAUGGAAGCAUAGCCUCGCAAAAGGUAGUUGAGGUUUCUGGUACAGUUACCGAUAAGGUAAAAGAAGGAACACUCCUGGAAGGAGUUGGUACACAGGUUACAAGCUUAGCUAGCAAGGUUGGAGAAGUUGGUCGCAUAGGAUGGAGCAAUCUUAGCGGAACAAGUAAUUACAGUGCUACAGGUGGUAGCGAUCAAUACGACCAUUUUCCAUCAAAUUCCGGGUCUAAUAGUGCCACCGACAGUUACCAACGAUCUGCUUCGAAUGGAAAGUUGAGCAGUUAUGGUGGCAAUGGCGGUGGCGGUACAAACUGGAGCUCGUGGAACAACGAUAACAAUUCCAACGCGGUGAAGUCAUAUCAAAAUCCAGAAAACGACGAUCAAGAGUGGACUGGUUUUGAAUCUCACGUGGCUAAUAAAUCUUCGAGUGAUAAUGACCAUCAGAAUGCUUCCUUGAUAACAACGAGUAUGUCCAACGAUGUCAGAAAUCAAAACUCAACAAGUUCUGGCACCUUAAAACCGAAGCAUACUGCAUCGUUGGAAAGUGAUUUUGCAUCGUUAGAUGUGAAAAGCAGAGCUGUUAGUAAGAGAAAUAAUAAUCCUGCCGAAGAAGAUUUAUGGAACAUGUUGAGCAACUAGAAGAAUUUUAAACUCGCUCUGGAAAUUGCAAAUCAUUUUAUCAACUUAAUUAUGUUAUAUGCGCAUGCAUGGGAUGCCGAUGAUAUUUUUUUGUAUUUUUUUACUCUUAGUAGGGACUAUGCAAACAAGGCGCAAUUAUUUUACUGCUAUCUCAUAUAUUUGUUGGUUUUAGUAAAUGAAAAACCUUAUGAUCAGUGGAAGUUUGUUGAACGGUAGUUGAAAGUACAGCAGAUGGUAGAAAAAUUGUCAGCGAAAAUAGAUAUAUAAAACAAUAGAACAAUAGCAAAGGUAAAAUCCAUCAUAUAUUUAUAUAAUGAGCGAGUAGUAUAAAACAAUGUAGCAUUCUAUAAAGUAUAGUGCAUAUAUGUCUUAAAGACAA